ACAUGGAGCUGAAAGCUAAGUCACUCUUAGCAUUCUACUUUGAACUCUCAACUUAGCUUGAAGAGAAAAAAAUAUAACUAGAGAGAGAAUCUGCCAUGGGAGGCUCAAAUACUGAGUUAUACUUUGUUUUCAUGAAUUAUGAUCCCGAGUAUCAGCGUCUUCAAACAGAUCAAACAAAGCAAGGGGCCAAUCAGCUGGAUUUAUAUCUGAGUAAGAAGCACGAUGAGCUCUUGGCUCGCACUCUCGAGCCAGGCAGCUACCGAAAGACAUUGUCUUUGGUCAUUGUUGAUGGGUUUGCUGUGGAGAUCACUGAAGAUCAGGCUAAUUUGCUUAGAUCUGCCGAUGGGGUGAGAGUUGUGGAGAAGAACCAGGAAGUUGCUUAAUGUGUUGCAAGAGAAGAGGUCAAAUAUCACAUUUCUGUGUGUAAUUAUUUCUUGGGGUAUUGCCUGUGAGUGAACUUGUCCUGGGAUGAAUAAUUAUAUUAACAAUAAAAUUAUAUGCACUUAGUUUUGAAUAUUCAA